CGAGGACCGAUAGAAAAAAUGAUUUGUCACUAACUGCAGCUAAUUCCUCGCGGUUCGUUUCUGGCAUGCCUGGUGGUAAGAAGUCCGGUUGAGCCAGGGGGGGAUUCUCAUUAAUACCUCCACUCUAAAGGGGCUGAAACUUGAGAGCUGUGUGUGGUUACCUGAGCUCCGGAGGGAUGAGCCUCCGCAGGCCAGCUGCCCACCUGAGGAGAGCUCCAGGCUGGAGGAGAUCAGGAGAUGAGUCCUACUGGGAGAGCCUAUUAUCAGAGGGGGAGCUCCUACCCGGCGCUCCUCACCCUCGCCGUCCGCCUCGGCCCCAGAGCGCCAUCGAAGGAGGCCGACUGGACAGCUGGCUGGAGCAGCUGCAGACGAUGCAGAGCAAACUCAGAGCCCCGGCUCACAAUCACGUCCCGGCUUUCACCGAUCGGACAGCAUCCAUGCCGGUUCUUGACAGAGAGCCAAGCGGGCGCUCCUGGAGGCAGAAGGGCUUUCCCUCCUUCAGCAGGGCUUCCUCUUCAUGUGGGAGCUCCAGCCUGUGCGAGAGUUCGCUGGGCAGCCAGGAGUCCCUCCAAACCGGGUUUUUAUCCCCUCCGGAGCGCAGAGGAAGCUGGGAGAGGGCUCACAUCUCACAGGCACCGAGGAAGGAACAAGCUGAACUCAGCUGUCUUGCUCCAGUCAAAAUCGGUUGGCUUCCAAUCCAGAGGAGAGUGGUGACGGUGGCCGAUGGCUGCAACCAAAACCAGCUGGUGGACCACUCUCCUGGUCACGUGAAACUGAAACAACCCAUCACUCCAACUUUCCAGAAGAACCAAGCGACGGCAAAGACGCCAGACGGAGACGUGGAGAGGAGUCACACCAGUGCCGCUGUUUUGGGUGUGAAGACGUGGCAGGCACCUGAUCCAGGCUCUCCCUUUAGUAAACAGGUUCCAGAAAAACGUAGCUUUCCCGCUAAUGAAGGGGACAGACCUGUGGGCUGGCAAGCUCUGCGGAGAGGCUGGACUAUCAACAGGGUGUCAGCUUUCCCCGGAGGCAGCAAGUCCAACGAGCUCCCCACAGGGACCGACUCAGACCCCAACGGGAAGUCCCGUCUGAUGAAAACAAGCAGCGUAGAGCCCCCGAAGCACUCUCCUCCGCAUCACACAACUUGUGCUGAUCCCUGCAGACCACACACUCCGCCACGAGGCACAAACACCGCCGAGACAUACAAGUCACACGCUCCUCUGCAAAGGACGAGCAGUGUUCAGCCCAUAAAGGCAACGACCCCGCUGUGUGGAGCAAACACCAGCGCCCACAUACAGACGAGCUCCGCUGUGACCACUCUCAUCCCUCAGAACAAAGCCGGCUUCUCCUCCAUCACCAUCUCCUCCAGAAAAGUGAGCAGAUCGGCCAGCCUGCCCGGCUCCAGCAACCGUGGUCUACCUGGCUCCGGCAUGGAUCCAAACUCCAGGCAGGUGACAGUGCAAAGGAAGGCCACUAUAGUCAAAGUUACAGAGAAAAGGGUGAUGUCCAGCUCUGUUCCAAGCACAGACACGACAGGAACGCCACCAGCUAGCCACGGUGUGGACACAGUGGUCCGCAGAAGAAAGGCCACCAUUAUCAAAGUGACGGAGCACAGGGAGAGCUACAGUCCAGCUAAAGGAGGGUCCAGACACCCCGAGUACAGACACAGCUACACCGAGGGACUGUAUAAGGACAACGGCUCAUGGAGUCAGGGAAACCAUGCACAAAGCAGCACAGCACCUUCACACAACCAUCUGAAUUCCAGACCAAACUCAGCUGUGGCACCAAACACGUUCAGUUCAGAUCCAGGGAAAAAUGGUGCAGUGCACAGAUCCACGCUGAGUCUCUUUGUGAGCGGCCCCCCCGCCAUAGCGGCGCCCGUUUCCUCAGAGGCUUCUCCAAAGGCUGUUGGACGGAGAUCGGACAGGCCGCACAGACCACUGAGCUGCUAUGGCAAUGUGAUUGGACACACUGAGCCAAGCAAGGAGAAUGUGACACAACCGGCUGCCAGGAAAUGGAGCUUUGGGCUUCCACAAGAGACCAAUAUCAACCCUGUGAACUCCGACAGUAGUUUCAUCAGCCCUGGAAAAGCGCUGAAAGAAGCAGGUCAGCCAGUGGCAGACGCCCUUAAAUCAAACGGCGGCGAAGAGGAAGGAUUGCCACCACCGGAGGAUGCGACGAGGAGAGCGUCCCCCAGUCUAACUCUCAUCAAGGCCCCGGAUCCCAGCUCCCAUCAGUCUCCGGAGGAAGUGCUUGCCCUGAAUGCAGCUGCAAUCAUUGCAAAUAUCAAACUCCAAAGACAACUUAGUAAGAAGAAAACAAGAAACUCGGAGAAGGACGGCGCUGCAUCUCCUCAGGGAGACGCUGUGACGGAUGAGGGGAAAUGUAUGCACGCAUCCGAUCAAAGCCAAGUCCACGAGCGGCCUCAUGCUGCAUUUGUUCCGCUGAGUCCGGACAGAAGAAGGUCAGCUGGCACUGUUUCUCUUCAGCAAGCACUGCUGAGGUCCAGACCGGACUUCAUCAGUCGCUCCCAGGGAAGAGUGCGAGAGCUGGAGCGAAGGGCGCAGGAGAGGAGGGAGCUGUCAGGGCCGGCGGACCAGCAGGGGAGGGCCCACGGCAGCACCUGGUCCACCUCUCUGAACGGUAACCUUUUCAGACCCAGAGACAGAGCCAUUACGGGGAAAGAGAUGCAGCCCAGACCCAAGCGCACCGUUGCAGCAAUGAAGAGGAAAAAAGAGGAAGAGAAGAAGCGUGAGGCCUGUUUGAGCAACAGGCAGCGAGUGGAGCUCUUCAGAAAGAAACUGUUGGAUCAAGUCCUUCAACGGAGCAACAGCUAAAUGACGAAGACGACCGCAUAUCAAAGAAGAGUCACACAACGGACUGAUGAAGUGGAUCAGAAUCAGAACAUCAGCUCCUGACAGAACUCUGCUGUCCAGUCUGGUUUCUCCCACGUUACAUUCAACGUACAGAGCCUCACAUCUGUUUUUCUGGGGGUUAAAUCUGUGGAGAUCUUUUCAAAACCCAGAAGGUCGGUUAGCAUGCCGCCAGUUUGAGGGGUUUUCCAGAACUUUCAAGACUUUUUUAAAUAUAUAUAUCCUCAUUCACACUGUUUCUCUUCCUAAUGCAACAAAACAAAAUGCUAAGCAAAAACUUCAUAGAUUAAUGUGACGACUCUACUUCUGAAUUCUUUUAAUUUCUUGCAACAAUCCAAUAAGAGGAUAAGGACGGGUGGCAAACUAAAGAAAGAAAAGCCAGCAUAAUGUGCCUCAGUGAGGGGUUGGCCCACCCUGAGCUGCCAGAACAGCUUCAGUGUGCCUCGGUAUCGAUCUUACAAGUCUGUGAAACUCUACUGGAGGGAUGGAGCACCAUUUGUAUUGAUUUUCAGUGACUUUUCCCUCCAAGGGGACAAGCAGACCCACACCAUGCCAACAAAAUACCCUCCACAGCUUGACAGAGCCACCAGUUGGCCCGGCGGGUCGAGUCACCAGUCCGUCUUUGUUUUGCUGCAAAAAAACGAAACAAAAAAAAAGAUCAAUGAGUCAAAAGAGUGAAUAUAUUAGAUGCACUGAGGAAGUAGAGUCCUUCUAGGAUCUGGAAAUAUCUUCAAAAGCAGCAGUAAGCGCUGUUGAAUGACCUUCUGAGGGUUUUUUUUUUUUUUUAAAGACUGUCUUAGAUUUGUCUUCUGAGAAAAACAGAUGUUUCUGUCACCGGCCGUCUCAGCCACCCUUGCGGUGUGCAAUUACAAGCUAAGGAUGCCAAAAAGAUUGUAUGAAAUGACAUCUGAACGUAGCGCCGCGGCUCGAAUCGUACAUCACGCUGACUGAUAUCCUUUUGAUGCAACAUCUAAAACCAGUAAUGUAUGCAGUUUAUCAACGUUAUCUUGUUUUCACUUGAUUGCAGGUCGCCUUUCUUUCCAAAAUAGUUGCGCGUAAUGGGAUGCAGAGGAGCCUCUCGCUGCAUGAUGGAGUGCUCGCACAACCACUUUCACAUGAUCUCAUGUGAUGCGAAGCAGCGCUAUAGGACAGAAUCAUUCAUUAUUCUUCACAGUCCCGUCCAGGACGGUCCUCCAGCGUCAUCCUCAUUAUGCAUCCAAUAAGCAGAAAGAAUCCUGAAGUGGGCCCUGCCAUCGUUCAGUGCCAGCUAUUAGCUGUAAGAUGGAGGAAUGUGACCUCUCCUCACUGGAAGCUCACUGUUAACGGACAGUGCUGCUGAAUGGAGCCUUUGUCUCUGCCUUUGUUUCCUGAUGGACCGGGCCUUGCCGUUGCAGAUUUGAAUUUGAGUGUUUUGAUCCAAAGUGAAUUUGCUGGGAGGGAGGGAGGGAGGGGUGCUGCUCGAUGGUAUAAGGGAGCUGGGCGAAUCAAAAGACUUAUUUUUGGAGUAACAGACAACAGAGCCGAAGCUCUUUUCAUUACUCCUAAUUGUUAUUUUACUCAUUAGCCUUUAAGUCGGAGUUCUCUCACAGUCCAGCUGUUUCAUCCGUCUUCAUUUUCUCCGAUGUCGUGCGGAAAACAGAUGGUCGCGACUAUUUUUGCGAUCCUCGUUUCAUGGCAGUGCAAUUACAUGUGUGGGUGUGUUUGGACAGUAGGGGUGUAUUAAUAACAGCAUCCGUGGUUCAUUAUAAUAAUUUGAAAGUAGAAUAGGACACUUCUAAAGCGUGGAUGCUGUUGGAGGAAUGUCAUUUACUGUGUGUGUGGGUUUCUCUAUUUAAAGAUGAUUGUAUUGGUGUAGCUGCUCCUUGCAGUGGGCUGUAACACCAAACAUACUUUAUACAUAUUUAAUAUUUGAAUAUAAAUACAUUGAUUUUAUAUCUGAA